UUGUUGAAGCGCAGCGCUCGCACCGUGCUCCCAGGUGGCUGCAGACACCCGUGCCCCCCAGCGGAAAUGCCAGGGAAGGAGAACAACUUCCCUCCGCUGCCCGGCUUCCUCCCGCUGCGGCCCUGCUUCUACCAAAACGUCACUGAGGAGAUUCCUGCAGAACACCAGGUGCUGGUGAAGCGCAUCUACCGCCUGUGGCUGUUCUACUGCCUGACGCUGGCCGUCAACCUGGCCGUCUGUCUGCUCUGGUGGGUCGCGGGCGGCGCGGGGGCCAACUUCGGGCUGGCCCUGCUCUGGUUGCUGCUCUUCUCGCCCUGCGCCUACGUCUGCUGGUUCCGGCCAGCCUACAAGGCCUUCCGGGCCGACAGCUCCUUCAACUUCAUGGCCUUCUUCUUCGUCUUCGGGGCACAGUUUGUGCUGACCGUCAUCCAGGCCGUGGGCAUCUCAGGAUGGGGCGCCUGCGGCUGGCUGGCGGCCGUGGGCUUCUUCCAGGUCAGAGUGUGGGCCGCCGUCUUCAUGCUGGUCCCCGCCGUCAUGUUCACGGUGGCCGCAGCCGCCAUGGCUUUCGUCAUCCUGAAGGUGCACAGAAUCUACAGGGGCGGAGGUGGCAGCUUGCAGAAGGCCCAGACGGAGUGGAGCUCGGGCACAUGGCGGGACCCGCCCAGCCGGGAGGCCCAGUUCAACUUCUCGGGGAACAGCCUCCCCGAGUACCCCACCGUGCCCAGCUACCCGGCAGCUGGCGGCCAGUGGCCGUAGGGCUGCCUGCCCCGGAAGCCCCGUUCGCCUCCAGCGACUUGUGGCUUCCUGGCUGCUUCCUGAACCUUCUGCCUUGGACGUCCCGGGCGGCUGCCAAGCCCUUCUGCCGUCUGCCCGUCUGUCCAUUC